UUUUGGUAUUAGUUUUAAAUUGGCCCGUAAAACCUCUUUUUCCGCGUAAAAUCGCUGUAAAAACGGGUAAAAUCUUCACAUUUCUGUUCUAUUCCAUGUUCUAGACCAACAAACUGCACUCUGGUCUUGGAUCCCGUUGGAUUGUACAGGCGGUCUUAUUUUCUGUUCCUGGAGGACACACCGCGACCAUCGCCCGGAGAGUAUUAUCGAGAAGAAGACACCACACAGUUCCCUCCCACUUGCCGCUUGCCUUGCCUGUGGCCGAAGUUCGCUGAUCGUCGUUCGAAUUGUUCAGUUUUUCCUACAUUAAUUAAGUGUUCUCCCACAAUUCCCUUCCCUGCACAAUGUUGGACAAAGUGAAACACAUUAUUCUGGUGCUCUCCGGUAAGGGUGGAGUCGGAAAGUCGACCGUAAGCACACAACUAGCGCUAGCGCUCGCGGAAGCCGAUCACAAGGUCGGAUUGCUGGACAUAGACCUUUGUGGGCCCUCGGUACCGUUCCUGCUCGGACUGGAAGAGCAUGAUGUGCACCAGUGCGACGAGGGUUGGGUGCCGGUGUAUACGAACGCCGAGAAGAAGCUGGCCGUCAUGUCGAUCGGCUUUCUGCUCAAGAACCGCUCCGAUGCCGUUAUCUGGCGUGGUCCCAAGAAGACGGCAAUGAUUAAGCAGUUUCUCGAGGAUGUCAACUGGGACGAACUGGACUACCUGAUCAUCGACACCCCGCCAGGCACGUCCGAUGAGCACAUCACGGUGAUGGAGUGCCUGAAGACGGUCAACACGGAUGGAGCGAUCAUUGUGACCACACCGCAAGAGAUGUCCCUCGAGGACGUCCGGAAGGAGAUCACUUUUUGUAAAAAGACGGGCAUCAACAUCCUCGGAGUGGUGGAAAACAUGAGCGGGUUCGUGUGCCCCAACUGUGCCGAGUGUACCAACAUAUUCUCCUCCGGUGGUGGCCAACUGUUGGCCGAACUGGCGAAAGUGCCGCACCUCGGUACGCUACCGAUCGAUCCGAGAGUGGGACAGCUGGCGGGGACGGGGAAAUCGUGUGUACGGGAACUGCCGGACUGUACGACGACCGAGGUGUUGCAGAAGAUUGUCACUACGCUAACGGCCGGUGGUUAAUAAAUGUAGAUACAGAGUUUUUUUUAAACGAAACAAGCUUAA